AGAGGUCUAGCGUUCUCCACAUUCGAUUUAAAUAUUAUUAUUUCAAGUCAAAUAGGCAUAAAAUGCUCGUUAAACUGAUUUUGGCGUUGGUAAUUGGCUAUGGUGGCAUUUUUGUGCCUGGCAGUGCACAAAAUCUGCUGGAUCGUCUGCGUCCGGUGAAUAUGACCCUCUUCGAUGAUGGAAUCAAAGUGGUUUCCGGCACCAAAGUGAAGCGGUACGAGCGGCUGACCGUGCCACUCGGAGGUCCUGUGGGUAUUCCAGGAGCUGCUGGACUCCUGGGACCACUGCUGCCACCUCAACCUUCGUAUUUGGGGUACACCUAUCAGUUGGUGCCCCAAUGGCAGGCGGGUGCUAAGUUGAUGGGCGACGGGGAGGGAGCUAGCGUGGCCGGCAUGAUAUCCUUUAUUCAGCUUCCUUACAACUCGGACAUCAAGGUGACAAUUAAUGUGACGGGAUUACCACCUGGUAAACAUGCUCUACAUAUCCACACCUUCGGAGACCUGAGCGAUGGUUGUAAGUCCACGGGCGGUCAGUUUCCCAAUAAUUUCCUCGGCAAUGUGGACACCAAAGAUGAUGGCAGUAUUUCGGCGGUUUUCCAAAGUAUUUACCUCCAAUUGUUUGGCAUCAAUGGAAUCGUUGGACGCUCCAUUGUGAUCCACAGCAAGGCAAUUGAUCUGAACACGGCUCUGAAUGCGGAGGUAUUUUCCUCCUCCCUCCAGAUAAUGCCAAAUCCAUUGGCCUAUCAAAACGAGGAGAACUCUGUGGGUCCGGCAAUUGCCUGCGGAGUUAUAAGUCUUAUGAGCACAACAGCCAGUUCGGUGGGUAUGGCACCUGCAGCAUCUGCACCACCUGCAAUGCAGAAUGCGGAGAUUUAACGUAUAUUCUUACACUAAUCUUAAUAAAAAAUUAUUGGGUAACUCAA